UUUUUUUUAAAUAUAGUGUUAUUAAUCGAAGUCUUGCCGACAUACUGAUUUUCUACCAACUUUGACCUCACUCCCUCCUCAUCAAGAUGGCCGCCGGUCUGUGGCCGUUUCAUCCUUUAACGGUUGCUUGGCAACUUCGUAACGCUAUGGGAAGUGGAGCAGAAUGGCAGACUGCCUGCUGUUUGAUAUCCUGCUGCCCCGCUGUGUGGAGUAUAACCGGAAUGUCAGCUUACAGUUAGCCGUUAGUCAGCUGCUUGCCAUCCGACUAUGAAGUGUCUAUUACAAAAACUGUCGCGGAGUGAAAAUUGAACCAUGGGGUCAGAGUCAGUGAAGGUGGUGGUCAGGUGCAGGCCCCUAAAUGACAGGGAGAAGACCCUCUGCUCUAAGAUGGUUCUGUCCAUGGACCUGCAUCACUGCCAGUGCUUCAUAGAGAAGCCAGGAUUAGUGGAUGAGCCUCCCAAACAGUUCACCUUUGAUGGGACCUACUUCAUUGACCAAACCACUGAGCAGAUGUACAAUGAAAUUGCCUAUCCUUUAGUUGAGGGUGUCACGGAGGGCUACAAUGGCACAAUCUUUGCCUAUGGACAAACAGGAAGUGGGAAAUCUUUCACCAUGCAGGGGGUGUCAGAGCCUGCCGCACAGAGAGGAGUUAUUCCAAGAGCAUUCGAGCAUAUAUUUGAGAGUAUUCAGUGUGCAGAAAAUACAAAAUUCCUGGUGAGGGCCUCCUACCUUGAGAUUUAUAAUGAAGAAAUCCGAGACCUUCUGGGAAGUGACACCAAACAAAGAUUAGAGCUGAAAGAGCAUCCGGAGCGUGGGGUGUAUGUGCGGGACCUCUCCAUGCACACCGUACACAGUGUGGGAGAGUGUGAGAGGAUCAUAGAGCAAGGCUGGAGGAACCGGGCAGUGGGCUACACACUGAUGAACAAAGACUCCUCACGCUCGCACUCAAUCUUCACCAUCCACCUGGAGAUCUGCAGCACUGAUGCAGCCGGCCAGGAUCAUCUACGAGCCGGUAAACUCAACCUUGUCGACCUGGCAGGGAGUGAGCGCCAGUCUAAAACUGGUGCUACUGGUGAGCGACUACGUGAGGCCACCAAGAUCAACCUCUCCCUUUCUGCCCUGGGCAAUGUCAUCUCAGCCCUGGUGGACGGCCGCUCCAAAUACAUCCCCUACCGAGACUCCAAACUGACCCGGCUGCUGCAGGACUCCCUGGGAGGAAACACACGUACUCUUAUGAUCGCCUGUCUGUCCCCCGCAGACAACAACUAUGAGGAGAGCCUAAGCACUCUGCGGUACGCCAACCGGGCAAAGAGCAUCCAGAACAGGCCUCGUAUCAAUGAGGACCCCAAAGACGCCUUGCUGAGAGAGUAUCAGGAGGAAAUCAAGAAGCUCAGGGCUCUCGUCUCAGGCCAGCUGGGCACUGCUAAUCUUGCAUCUCUUCUGGCUGGUCAGUCAUAUGAAAAAUCCUCCACUGUUCCCUCAAGGCCACAGUCCACCACAGAAGCAGAGAAAGAGAAGAUUAAAGAGGAGUAUGAAGAGAGGCUGGCCAAGCUGCAGGCUGACUACAAUGCAGAGCAGGAAUCCAAGGCUAAACUGCAGGAAGACAUAGCUGCCCUACGCUCCUCUUAUGAAUCCAAGCUGUGUAACCUGGAAAAGACCCGAGCCAGCAGAGGGAGCUCUGUCACAAAGAGUGGAAAAUCAUCCACCUCAAAGAAAGAACAAUCAUCUGUAAGCUCUAGCUGUAUGACGCAAGUGGCUGGUGAAGAGCUCAAACACAGCACUGAUUCCAUAAGAGAGACCUCCCCAGCUGAGCAGGCUGCACCUAGUGCAACAGUUGAUGUCCAGAAACAUCCAGAGGGAGACGGGCCUGUUGACUCUCCUGACAUCACCACUGCAGGGUCUCUGGACCAGAAACAUGUCCUGGAAAGACUGCAGCAGCUGGAGCAGGAGGUGUUGGGAGGCGAGCAGGCCAGGAACAAGGAACUCCAGCAGAGACACCGGCAGAGGAAGAACCUCGCUGACCAGAGGAAAGUGCAUCUCAUCCGUGCUCUGUCAGAGAGCGGGGAAGAGAGUGAAAAUGUGCUGCUGAAUGUCUAUACCUCCAUCCAGGAGGAGGUGCACGCCAAAAGCCAAAUGCUGGUCAAGGUUCAGGGAAAGCUGAAAGCAGCCAAACUAGAGAUCCGUGACCUGCAGGCUGAGUUUGAGGUGGAGAGGAACGACUACCUGGCAACCAUUCGGCGACUAGAGAGGGAGGGUCAGUUACUGCAGGGCCUGCUGGAGCGAAUGGUGCCCCUGGUGCGCCGUGACUGCAACUACAGCAACCUGGACCGCUUGAAGAAAGAAGCUGUCUGGGACGAGGACAGCACUACCUGGAGGCUGCCUGAUGUGAUGGUGCAGAAAACAACCCUGCCCUCAGCAGUAGCUCCAAAACCUUCAGCACGCAGAGGUUCAGUGGCUGAUUCUUUGGACCAAACCGUGGUGGAGGAGGACAGAUAUAAGGAAAUGCUGAACCGUAGUGAAAGUGAAAACAUCGCCAGCAGCUACUUCAAGUCAAAGAGAGCGAGCCAACUGCUAGGAGGGGAAACUACCAAAGCUCAUGUCAUCCGCUCUCCUCCGUUGGUUAACGGGGUGGCCCACCUCUCUGUGAGUAGUCCCGCCAUGAACCCACCUCUAAGCUCUGACUCCGUCCUUCCACGCCCUUUUCGCCUCGAGUCGUUGGGCAUCCCAGCAUGCAAUGGUAAGGGGAAGCGCAAGAAAAGCAAACCUCACAUCUACAGUGAAGGAAUUUGACUGUACUGGAAAUUCCUAUGAACAUUAAUGCAACUCAUUGUUAUAAGUUAACCUAAUCUGUCAUUGCAAGUAAAUGGAUAUGAAAGCAGGUUGCACCUUUUAUGGAUGGGUACAGUUUUAUUUUUAAAAUGCUUACUUUGAACCAAAUACUACCUACAGUAUGACACUAAACUUCAAUUUUUGCACUCUUUCUAAAAUAUAUGAUUCCUGUAAUGUGAGGCUCAAUCUCCUACUACCUUAUAUUUAACUUUUAAUCUAUUUCACUGUCCCAUAUUGUAAACCACUACUUUAACCAGCUAUUUUUUGAUAUUUUUAAAAUCUCCAGUUGAUGCUAAAUAAAACUGAUAAAGUUGUUUUAUUGGGUUUUUGGAUUUAUUACUUCACAGCCUUUUAAACUCAGCUUUUUUGGAGUGUUAUGAUGAACAGUUAAGAAAAGCUCAUGUUAGACCAGUUUGUUGUCUCGGUGCGUAUUCACAGAUAGGUCAGGAGAGACGUUGUCUAGGUUGCAGUGUUGACAGUAGUCAACGGUUACUUUAUGUUACACAGACCUCUGGGGUCAUCGUUGUGGUGUGCAUUAACUUCAGCUUUUGAGAUAAUGCAACCUUUCAAUUUAAUAGUACAAAUGAAGUUAAAAUAAUGCCAUGAUAAAGUUUGUAUCCACA